GAGCUCUCCAGCAUCCUUUGCUUUGCGCGCAGCUGGCGCGCUCCUGAGCCAAUCAGAGAGUCUGAUAUCUGCUCAGCUUCACAGAACGGGACAUUAACUGUGGGCUUGAGAUGGAGAGAGGCUUUAAUCAUUUUGGAUCAAUUAAUUUGUGGCGAUGCGUGUUUAGCAACAAAAAACUCUCUGUCUGAAGAAAAGGUCGGUGAAUAUGAGGGACGUGUCUGUUUGCUCAUCGUGGAACCAAAAGGCCGACUGCAGGAUGUUGCAGGACGUGAGUUCACAGCGGCAGGAGAACAUGCGCAGUACUUCAUGAAGGAGUGUUUCAUGAUAUUUGGUAUUAUCUCACAGGCUGCUCGUUCUGUUUCUCGCUGCAUGCCAGUGUCCCUCUGUGUUUUAUGUGCAACCAUUUAAUAUUCAAGGGCCAUCAUUUGAGAAAUCCUGACAUUUUCGCUGCGUCUCACGGUGGCGUUGUCCUCCAGCAGACGCUGUCAAGCCAAAAGUGGGACUCAUAUAUCUCCGUUGAGGUGUUUUGUGGCUCAGCUUGCAUGCAUUCUGCAUAAUAAUAUCAGGCUAAUAUAGAGCCUGUUGAUCUUCCUGGCAGAGCAUAGACGUGUCGGGCUCUGAUGUGUAUUCUUUGUACUUCCGCCCAAAAAUUGGGUUUCCCAAAGAAGAAGAAGAAGAAGAAGAAGGAGGAAUGGGAAAUAUUUUGUUGAAGAAGAAAAAGACAAACAUGGCUGUGAAGUUGUUGUAGUAGCAUGCAAACAAAAUAAUGAACAAAAUUCAUUUUGUUUUUGUUUCGUUUUUAUUGAAUGAAGGAAGAAAUCAGGAAGAUGGAUCAGUGCAGCUGCUUAACAGAUAUGGUCCAAUUCACGGAGAUGUGGCUUUCCAAAUAGUCCUACAGUAUAUCCAUUAUAUACACUCUAUUAAAACCUGCUUAUAAUUACCGUAUUAGAUCAAAACCUUGUUUUUUGGCCGGUGGGUGGCGACUGAGCGAUGUGAAAUUAAAGAUAUCAAGUUGAAAUUAAAACUUCCAAAUAGUAUUCCAGGAAAGUUAACCAAUAUGCAAUAUGCAUGGUCUUAUAUCAGUGUCCUUCUCUAUAUGGAGUUAUGUAACCUACAUUGGAUAUUUAGUACAGCUGGUGGGCUACAGCUGUGGAAACACAAACAAUAAGAGUUGCUGUUAUCACAGCUGAGACUUAAAGUCCAAUUGUGGGUCCAAAGGAGCGAAAGAAUAGACUGCAGCCAUGCCGACUCUUUGGAUGUUGGUGUUUGAUGAUUGAUGUUGAAGAGUUAUAUAGGGAUUCAAAUUCAAGGCCGUUCUUUUCUCUAAUUGCGUACAUGCGCCUCCACCUCCUCCAUCCCAACCAAGGAGGUUAUCCGGAUGGGGAAGGUGUAGGAUAACCUGGGUUAGCUAUUGCUGCAAGGCCCCUGUUGGCCUCCACCUACCGGCCUGGCUGCUUAUUUAACGGACACAUCUCCCCCAGCUCUGCACUCCUUCCCACUGUUCCCCUGCAGUUUGUUCUUUCCUCCCUGCAUGGCAGAUGUGAUCCUCUCCCUCGCAGCCCUGACAGCUAUCACUACUUUCUGCCAGUGAAUUGUGUCUUCCUCUCAGUUUCAGGGUCAUGCAAUUAUAAUUAGUCAUGCAAGAUGCCUAAUUAUUUGAGUGAUAACUUGUGUGUUAUCAGAAGUUCUCACUUCCCCCCUCUGCAUUUUUUCCUCUCCCUAUGGUGAGCCAGUACACUGUAGGUGUUUUAUGGUGGGGUGGGUUAAAGUUUAAUGACUUGAAUAGUUACACAUUAAGAAGCAAAGUAGGUCUAUUACUCAUUUGCUGCCGCAGAACGCAGCAAACAAACGCACACAGCGCCGCUGACGUCCCGAGAAAAAAGACAAGGCGUUAAAAUAAACCAUCUACUGUUCCUACGCUGUGAAUAUGGUAAAGGUAACGAUAAUAGUGGCACUGGCGAUCCUGCUGUUGGCGUCAGUGGCCACGUUCGUGGGUGUCUUCUUCGGUAUGGGGGCGAGGAAGCAGCCGGGUGAGCAGGUGUACUUGAAGGCGGCUGUGGCGGCGGACGCUGGGCCUUGUUCCGAGGUCGGCAGAGACAUUUUGGUGAAAGGCGGCUCCGCAGUUGAUGCCUCCAUCGCCGCGUUACUGUGUGUUGGGCUCAUGAAUGCUCACAGCAUGGGCAUCGGAGGAGGACUUUUCUUCAACAUCUACAAUGCAAAAACUGGGACGGUUGAGACCAUCGAUGCCAGGGAGACGGCGCCACGCAAUGCAACAGAGAACAUGUUUGGCAACAGUACGGAUCUUUCCCAGAAAGGAGGGUUGUCUAUCGCUGUACCGGGGGAGAUUCGAGGCUAUGAGAUGGCACACACACGACACGGCAAACUGCCUUGGAAAGACUUGUUCCAGCCAAGCAUCAGUCUUGCAGAAAAAGGUUUUCCUUUGGGCCGAGCACUUGCCUCAGCUUUGUCCCGCCAUAAGAAAACGAUCGUCACAGACGAAGCACUGUGUGAAGUGUUUUGUGGGAAAAAUGGCGACGUCCUGAAGGAAAAUGACACCAUCAAAUUUACCAAGCUUGCAGAAACUUAUAGGACAAUAGCAGAAAAGGGUCCUAAUGCUUUCUACGAAGGACAACUGGCUCAGAACCUUGUGUCAGAUAUUCAGGCAGCAGGCGGUCUCGUCACAUUGGAGGAUCUGAAGGAUUAUGUGCCCGUCUUGGAUGAGAAGCCUCUAAGGGUGAAUGUGGGGGCGUACACCAUGGCUGUUCCCAAUGCCCCCGCUAGCGGCCCCGUGCUCUCGCUGAUAUUAAACAUCUUGAAUGGGUACAACCUCACCUCAGAUAGUGUGGCAACCACGGAGAAAAAGAUCCUGACCUACCAUCGUGUUGUGGAGGCUUUUCGUUUUGCUUAUGCAAAGAGGACCUUACUCGGGGACCCGGUGUAUCUCAACAUCACAGAUCUCAUCCAGAACAUGACUUCGUCUUUCUACGCCGAUGGCCUGCGUGAAAAGAUCACCGAUGGAUCCACACAUCACAUGAACUAUUACGAGCCCGAGUUUUACCUGCCUGAAAACCACGGCACCACCCACAUCUCCGUAGUAGCAGAAGACGGAAGCGCCGUGGCCGCCACCAGCACCAUCAACCAAUAUUUGGGCUCUAAAGUCAUGUCGAGAUCAACAGGGAUAUUACUCAACAACGAGAUGGACGACUUUAGCUCCCCGCUCAUCACAAACGGCUUCGGAGUGCCUCCUUCCCCCAACAACUUUAUCAGGCCAGGAAAAAGGCCAAUGUCUUCUAUGUGUCCAACCAUCCUCCUCGACAAAAACAACAACGUUAAGAUGGUGGUCGGAGGCUCAGGAGGAACUAAAAUCACCACCUCAAUCGCUCAGGUGAUCCUCAAUGCGCUGUUCUUCGACUACGACCUGGUUAAAGCCGUGUCGGAUCCGAGGCUCCACAACCAGCUGAGUCCCAACGCCACCGUCGCAGAGCCGGCCUUUGAAAAAACCAUCCUGGAGGGUUUGGCGUCGAAGAACCACGAGACAGAGUUCCUCAAAUCAUCGGGAGCAGUUGUGCAGGCGGUGGUUCGCUAUGAAGACGGACUCCACGCUCAGUCAGAUCCUCGCAAGUGGGCGUACGCCGCAGGGUACUGA